UCUUCCGUGUGCCCCACCGAAGGAAAACAAAAAGUGUAGUUGUGUUGUUGUGUUGUGUAGUUAGUUAGGUUAGGAAUUAAAGAAAGAAGUAGCCUAGUUCAGUAGUUGUAGUAUUCAAGCAUUUAUUUAAAAAGAAGACUUACAUACUUAUUUAACAUUUCAUGUCUAAGGGCUUGGUAUGAAGACAAAUCGAUCAUGGUCAAUGUUAUGAAAGGAGUCCUUGUUGAAUGUGACCAUGCUAUGAAACAAUUUCUGCUGCAUUUGGACGAAACAGUUGCUCUCGGAAGAAAAUUUAUUAUUCAGGAUUUGGAUGAAACCCACUUGUUCAUCUCUGCAGAUAUAUUGGAUGUAUUGCAAGCAAGGGUGGACGACUUGAUGGACCAGAUCAGCUUCCCAUUGGUCGAGAAAUAA